UUUGUUAUUGCGCCCGUCACGUGCUCGCUCCAGGCCAUAAGUGCACCACUAUUCCGGAAUACCGGAUCCAGCACGCGGUGGUGGUUGACGCGACUCUGAGCAAGUAACUCUCCUCCGCGGCUGGGCAGGAGUCCUUUCUUUGGCUCUGCACUCCGACUCGCGCGCCAGGCUUCCAAUCUCCAGAGCUCCCAGCAGUGAGAGUUUCAAACUCUCCCCAACGCCGCGUAGCUCGCAACACCCCGACGUGCUGUUGCUAGGCAGGCAGGCUGGAAGAAAAACUCUGAAGCAACAUGGCGUUUGAAGAGCCGUCGUUGCAGGGCAAGUAUGCCAUGGAGAAGUUUGGGGUAGCAUCAGGAACACAAAUUUCGAGCCGCACUUCGGCCGUGGUUGGAAAGCUGGUCAUGAUGACCACACGCCAGGAUGACACUACCGCUGCCGCACUGCCCGUUGUAGUUGCGAUCACAGCUACCUCUCCCAAAGCAGCAGGCAAGCUGGUGAGUAUUGUCGAAAUCGCCAAGCGCGAUCUGGUGGCCAGAAAGGUACCUGUGUACCAAUAUUCUGCUCUGAGCUCCAGGUUGGAUGACAUUCCGAGACAUGGGAAUAAUGGCGACGAUAAGACCAAGAGAGGUGAGAAGGGCUCCAGUGCAACCGCUGGUGGUGGCGGCGAGCAAGACGACGAGUCUUCGGACGACGCGUUUGAGGUGAUGGGCCAGGCUCAGGGAAGUGAAACCAAGAAAAGGAACGUACCGGUGCUCACAGUGUACCUCUCCACAGUCUCGGUGAAAGAGCUCAAAGUCGCGUUUGGAGAGCAGCAGACGUGAAGAUCGAGAAGGUGAGGUCGAGAAAUCGCAACUGCCUGUCAAGCUACACAAAUGGCAAUCACGACUCCGAGGAAAGCACGCAACGAUCCGCUUUGGACCCCAACCUCUUCACGCAAUCGUGUCGCGACAU